AUGUUGUUAUUGGAAACUCAAAGUGAAGACUUGAAAGUAACCUUAAAGCCUAUUAUUGUUCAUAACAAAAGGAAACAACUUGGAAAUAUUGACUUUAAUGUCAGACAUUUAAUUGAUUGCUGCUUGAGGAUCAAUAACCGACCACCACAGAAGCAACAAAAGUCUGACGAAGUUCGUCAUGAGGGAUGGAGAACACACAACAAUGCAAUGGCCAUUGAGAGUCUCAACCAUUACACUUGUUGUGCUUCAUUUCCGCAUCUAAACGGCAAAGAAGAGAAGGAAAAAAAUAUCAAAAAACGGAAAAGAAUUUUUGCUGAAAGGAAGUUCGUGGUGAGAAUUUAUGUGGUUGGACAUUUUGUGAUGUCAAAGUUGUCAAACUCUUCACAAUAUGUUUCAACAUCAUCAACAAAUAAAAAUAGAAAAAUGUUCUUUUCUAUUCUCAUGAAUGAUUGA